ACUCUGAGAUGGCACAAUGAAGGGGCUUGUCUUCUGAAAGGGUGUUGGACAAUUCCUAUUGUGCCUAAUGACUUUUGUCCUGUGUUGGAUCUUGGGUUCCUGAGAUUUCGAAAAUGUUGCAGAGAAAUCUUCCAAUGCUGUUGGGGGAGAAUGAGAAGGAAUGCCAGGCCAGCAAGUCCUUCAACCUCCACCUUGGAAGACGCAACAAAUCUGUCUGGCCGAAGAAAAACGAAAAUCACGAUAGACAUUGAGCUCCAUAAAGUGGAGCAGCACGGUUUCCCUCCAAAGGACAGCCGAGGGAAAGAGAAGGUCCUCUUCGAGAGGAAGGACCUUUUCCAAGCAGCGCAAUCAGAGCUGGCCUGUAUAAGAAGAGACCAGGAAAUAAGCCAAUAUUUGCGCCAAGUGGUCUCUGAGAGGAGGAGAGAGACGCAAAUAGCUCUGUUGCAGGAGCACAGCUUUGUCAAUGGAUUAGCUGCAUUGCUGGAAAUGUAUGAUCUCAGCAAGAUAACACCAGAAAUGGAUGAACCAAUAGAAUCCAUGCUGAUGGACAUUUCCAGUUUUUAUUGGACGGCUACCCUGAAUGCCGAGGAGGAAGAUCUUUCUGAGGUGGAGAAGAAGUUGCUGGAGGAGGCCUUUGGCCUAACAAUGAGGAACCUACUCCGACAAUCUCCCACGACAGAACAGUUUGUUUUCAUUCUGAAGAACUUGGACCCACGUGGGAAACUGUUUUUGCCGGCGAUAAACCAGCUCCUGUCCUGUGGAAACCAUCAUCCCAGGAUAGAUCUCGAUCAAGUCCAGCAGGCUUUCCCUGAUGUUCCCAGGGAAAUCUGGCAGGCUGGAACCACCUACGAAAACAUCAAUGAAGGUAACUUUCUUGAGAACACUAAGGGGAGGGGGGAGGGUUACUUAUGUCACUAA